AUGGCACCCAGCAGGGACGAUGACUUGGUUUCUUCCCGCCAGACUACUGCGGAUAAACCAACAGUGUAUCUCCUUGACACAUUCCCUCCAAAGGCAAUCGAGCACGCCAAAACACUCUUCAACAUUAUCCAACCCCAAGAUGAAGAGUUCCAGAACUGGAGACAGAAUGCACGAGCUUUGUUAAUCCGAAGUUCGUAUCUUACUGCCGAAGACGUUGCCAGUUGUCCGAAUCUCAUUGCGAUCGGCAAGCACGGAGUGGGCAUUGAUAAGAUCGACCAAGCCGCUUGCGCUGAAAGAGGCAUCAAGAUUCUUAAUACACCUGGAGCAAACGCACGCGAUGUGGCUGAGCUGGUCAUUGCUCUUUCUCUGUCGGUUGCUCGUGGCAUUCGGUCCAUCACAACACGCCAAAUGUCAAAGCCCGUCCCAAAGGAGACCUGCAAGGGGCUGACGUUGUACCAAAAGACUGUUGGAAUUAUUGGCAUGGGAAAUAUUGGACGGACCGUCGCCGAGAUUUUUCGGGGUGGCUUCGAGACCGACAUCAUCGCAUAUGAUGCCUAUAUGCCGGACGACAUAUGGACGCACAUCCCCCACACCAGAGCCAACAGCGUCGAUGAAGUCAUCACUCGGGCAGAUAUCCUCUCUAUACAUGUCCCUCUUACAAACGAGACACGGGACAUGAUUUCCUACGACAAGAUUUGCAUGAUGAAGCCGGAUGCCAUCCUGAUCAAUGCGGCUCGGGGAGGGAUUGUCAAUGAACAGGACCUCACACGAGCAUUAUCUGAAGGCCAUCUUUGGGGUGCUGGCUUGGACUGCCACGAACAGGAGCCUCCCAGCUUUGAGAAAUAUGGUCAACUGUGGGAAAACCUGAAUGUGAUCAGUACACCGCACAUUGGAGCUGCGACGUCAAGGGCACAAUUAGCGAGUGCCACUGCGGCAAUUGACAAUUUGCACAAGUACCUAUCUAGUCUGUGA